AUGAGGACAAGAAGGACUGAAUCGAAUGAAAAUCGAAUAAGAAAUGUAAAAUUGAAUAAGAAUAACGGAUUAGUAGUUGAGAUUCAUCUAGAUUCAAAAAUAAGAAGAUCAUUUGAAAUCACAAAAAAAGAUGAGAUGAACGAAAAUCCCAAAUCAACUAAAUCAGUGUUGAAAGUUACUUCCGAAAGUGUAUAA